AUUUAUAGUGAUUUAAAAAUCUCGUAGAUUGAUUUUUGUGCUUGGAACGUCAAACCAAAGCUAUCAAGACGGGGAGCAAAAAAAUUAUAGGGAGAUAUUUAUUUAUGUUAGUUUUUUUGGGUUUUCGAGCAUUACCUACCGGUCCACCCGGUCGAUCCAAACUUGAGCUCCACGUAACCUAUUUCAAGAGACCUUCCGUUUCUUCUCCCGUUCUGUUCAUAGCCGCCGCCGCCGCUGCAAUAUAUUUACUAUGUGUGGAGAGAUUGAAAGCUGCAAGAGCAGCAGUUAUGAGAAAGAGGAUGAAGUGAUUGUUGGCAAUGGCAACGCCAAAUCUAUUCAAAUGCUCAGAAAUCUCAUCAUAAAGCCUCGUCUCUUCCCUAGUCGGGCAAAUAGGCUCCCAAGAUCUUUGUUGCUUUCUGGUCCACGUGGCAUUGGAAAGACCAGUUUGGUACGAGCAAUUGUUAAGGAGUGUGGAGCAAAUUUGAUAAUUAUCAGCCCGAACACUGUUCACACCGCACAUGCUGGUGAUUGUGAGAGAACCCUCUGUGAGGCUUUUUCAGAGGCAUUAUCUCUUGUAGCCUCGGGCAAGUCUUCGGUUAUCUUUAUUGAUGACAUGGAUGUACUUUGUCCUCCCCGAGAUUCCCAAAGAGAUAAAGAUUUCCGAAUUGUUUCCCUACUUUGUACUUUGAUGGACUCAAGCAAAGCAACCUCUUCUACUCCAGGGGUAGUUGUGGUUGCAUCAACUAAAAGGGUGGACGCAAUUGACCCUGCCCUAAGAAGGUAUGGACAUUUCGAUAUUGAAACUGAGGUUACAGUCCCAGAUAAAAAGGAGCGCCUUGAAAUUCUAGAGCUGUAUACAAGGGAGACCCCUCAGAAUUCAUGCGACUUAGAAUCUAUUGCUGCAUCAUGCAAUGGAUAUGUCGGAUCUGAUUUACGGGCUUUGUGUAAUGAAGCUGUCAAUUCCGCAGUUAGAAGGUCUUCAAAUGCAAAGAAAGAUGUUAAUGACUUCAGUUUAACGAUGGAAGAUUGGAAGAAUGCAAGGUCUCUUGUUGAACCAAGUAUAACAAAAGGCGUUACUCUGGAAAUUCCCAAAGUGACUUGGAAAGAUAUUGGGGGAUUGAAAGACGUGAAGAAAGAGCUAGAGAAAGCUGUUGAGUGGCCUAUGAAGUAUCCUGCUUCGUUUUCGAGAUUGGGAAUAAACCCUAUUCGUGGAAUUCUUCUCCACGGGCCUCCAGGAUGUUCCAAAACUACUCUUGCUAAAGCUAUUGCAAAUGCUGCUAAUGUUCCUUUCAUUUCCUUGAGUUGUACAGAAAUGAUUUCAAAGUUUGUCGGACAAGGAGAAGGUUAUCUUCGUGAAAUGUUUCGCAAAGCACGGCUUGCCGGAAAAAGUAUAAUAUUUUUUGAUGAAGUUGAUGCAGUAGCUGGGAAACGGGGUCAUAGUUCGAGCGGUAAUUCCGUAGCUGAAGAGAGGGUUUUAUCCACUCUGCUAACUGAAAUGGAUGGUUUAGAAGAAGCCAAAGGAGUUCUUGUUUUGGCGGCUACAAAUCGCCGCGAAGCUAUUGAUGAUGCACUUUUGCGUCCUGGACGACUUGAUCUGAAAUUGUAUGUGCCACCACCUGAUUUGGAGGGUCGAUUUGAGAUACUUAAAGUAUACACACGUAAGAUGAAAUUAGGGAGUGAUGUUGAUCUUAGAAGACUAGCAGAAGAUACCGAGCGUUUCACAGGUGCCGAACUAGAGGGAUUAUGUAAGGAAGUUGGAGUAGAAGCUAUAAGAGAAGCUAUAAGAGAAAACAAGCAAGCUAGUGUUAUUUAUGGCCGCCAUUUUCAGAUUGUGAAGAAUGCUUUAAAACCAGCAUUGGCAGCAGAAAGAAAGAGCUGGGUGUUUCCUUUGUCUUUGGCUGAAAACAAUGUAGUCAGUUAUAUUUUACUUGCCACUGCAGUAAUGUUUUUUAUUUAUUUAUUUAUUUAUUUAUUGAAGCUAGUGCAGCACUGCUAAAUAUUACAGCAUUUA